AGAGGAGGGGUGAGUGAAGGAGAAGACACACUGCGGAGUUCAGCAGAGAAGAGAUGUAGAGAGCUGGAGACAGAGACCAAACCGACAUCACAGCUGUGAACACACAGGAGCUCAUGCACACACGCCGCCUGUGAGUUCAACUCCAAGUCUCUGACACUAAGCAGCUCUGCUGUGGACUUCAACGCUGCAUCUGUGAUUAUUCUGGGCUGGACCCCCUUUGGACUGUGUCUUAACAUGCUGGGAGUUCAAAGUGAUGCUCUGCUGGUCGGCUUGAUGGUUUGGAUGGGAAUCCUAUGGGGAGAGAUCUCAACCCAAGAUGAGUCCGGUGUGACCCCUCCACCCAGCCUCGCUCCAGUGAUGCAGGUCCCAGCCCCUAAAGAAACCCCCAGAGGAGUUGCAUCCAUGGGGCAGGACUUCAUAGAGUCAGUCCUGUCUCGUAAGGAUCAUAUUCUGGCUCAGAAGGGUGUGACUCUUCCCAGCGGUUUACCCCCUAAUCUAGUGCCCAUGUUGGGGAAGGGGCUGGGGGCCGGAGCAGAGGCCCUGUCCCCCGACCAGCCCCUCCUGAGAAAGAUGCUCCCCUCACACAGCGCCUCUUUACCUCCAGCCUACGAGCUCCCCACCGAACCCCCGGAGGCCGUCGCAACGCCGAGCUGGGAUACAGAUGCUCCGACCCCACAUCCCAAACCUUCAGGCUCUGCUGCGGCCCCCACAACUGUGAGCGCUGAAACAGCGCCUGGGGCUUUCACCUCAGCUGUAACGAACUGCAAGGUCAAUUUCUGCGACCCAGAGGGCUACAUCGAUUCUUCAGACGAUCCGCCCCUCCCUGAAGGAGCGUUCCUGCAGUGCACUUACACAGUGACCGUCUACACAGGCUACGGUGUGGAGCUACAGGUCAAAAGUGUCAACCUGUCAGAAGGCGAGCAGCUGUCAAUCAGAGGGGUGGAUGAAGGCGGGGCCCUGCUCGUGCUGGCCAAUCAGACGCUUCUGGUGGAAGGUCAGGUGAUCCGCAGUCCGACCAACACACUGUCUGUGUUCUACCGCUCGUCUCCAGAGGGAGGAGUCGGCAUGUUUCAGCUGCAUUAUCAAAUUUUUCGCCUGAGUUGUGCCCUACCUCGACGGCCUCAUUUUGGGGAGGUGUCAGUAAAAGAUCUGCAUCUGCCAGGACCUUCAUACGAUCACAUCAGUGAGGAGUCCGGCCCCAGCGGCGUUAUCCUGUCCCCAAACUGGCCCGAAUGGUACGGGGAGGGCGAGGACUGCAGCUGGAGGAUUCACGUCGGCGAGGACAAACGUGUCCUGCUGGACGUACAGCUCUUGAAUCUCAGCGACAGUGAUAUGCUAACCAUUUUGGAUGGAGAUGAGGUCACAACACGUAUAUUGGGGCAGUUUGUUGGGGGAACCAGCCCGUUUAAGAUGUCCUCCUCGACCCCUGACCUCACCAUCACCUUCCACUCAGACCCAGCCGGCCUGGUCUUUGGGAAAGGAGAGGGUUUCAUCAUCAACUACAUGGAGGUGUCACGCAAUGACUCGUGUCCAGACCUCCCUGAGAUCCAGAACGGCUGGAAGACCACUUCUCACGCGGUGCUGGUGCGUGGAGCUCGUAUCACGUAUCAGUGCGACCCGGGGUACGACCUGGUGGGCAGUGAAACCCUGACCUGUCAGGUGGACCUGAGCUGGAACACGCAGCCUCCGUUCUGUGAGAAGAUUAUGUACUGCACAGACCCUGGACACGUGGAGCACUCCACACGCAUGCUGUCUGAUCCCAAACUCUUGGUUGGCACCACUAUCCAGUACAGCUGCAUUCCCGGAUACAUCCUGCAGGGCGGCGCCACUCUCACUUGCUAUGGUCGAGAACCCGGCACUCCUGUUUGGACGUCUCGCUUGCCUCAUUGCGUGUCGGAAGAGUCCGUGUCCUGUGAGAAUCCCGGCCUUCCUGACAAUGGCUACCAGAUAUUGUCUAAAAGGCUUUACCUACCGGGAGAGUCUCUAACCUUCAUGUGCUACCAAGGCUAUGAGCUCAUUGGUGAGAUGGCCAUCAAGUGCAUUCUGGGAAAUCCGUCUUUUUGGAGUGGUCCAUUACCUCUGUGCAGAGCCAAUCAUGAAUGCUCUAGCAAUCAUGCACUAGAGGUGGCUGAGGCGGCAGCAGACUCUUCUUUUGAUGGGGGAAGUAUGGCUCUAGCAAUAUUUAUCCUGGUGCUGCUAGUGUCUGUUUUACUGGGAGGAACCUACAUCUACGUCACCAGGUGCCGCUAUCAUUCAAACCUGAGACUUCCUCUGAUGUAUCCGCAUCCCUACAGCCAGAUCACCGUGGAAACCGAGUUUGACAACCCUCUCUAUGAGACUGGAGGGGAUACGAGAGAAUAUGAGGUGUCCAUAUGAAGAGGCCUACAGACACGUCCCGUGCUGCUACAGCACUUACAGGAAGUGAUGUAAAUAGAUCCUGUCAACUCCACUCUCCCCACCUCCCCAACCUCCAGGGACAGAGAGGGGCAUGAAGGGAACGGGGCUGUGAAACAGGAAGUACCAGUGCAGAGAUCGUUCAGCCAGUAGACGUUACUAUGGUUUUAUGAUACGUAUGUGCUUACAGCCGGAGGUUCUCAUUCUGCCAUUCACAAACACCCGUGUGUGUGUGUGUGUGUGUGUGUGUGACAUUACGAGCGAGUGGAAAAUAACAAGUGAAGAGUUUGCACAGUGUUCUUUCUCCUCAAUACCGUGACUUACGGGACAGUUUAACCCUGGAGUAAGCCCUUUGCUCUGAUAUAAAGGGGUGGUGGUGGCGCCGUCCUGUGUCUGUCUGUGGCCCGUCCUGCCUGCUGUCAUUUUUAAGUCUUUGUACUUAUAGAGCAGUUUGUAGUGCAGGUUUUAAAGUAGUAUUUUUUCCCCUGCAAGUGACGUCCUACUGCAGCAGAGAGCAGAUGAUGUAUUUAUUUUGAAGUAUAUGUGAAAUGUUCUCUGCUGAUUGAUGAAUACUUCAUUUUGGAGAUCA